AUCUAGCCUUUCCCCUCUCUGCCUGUGGCUUUCUGUCUCUUUGUCAUCCUCUGCCUUCCUGCUGCCCUCUGCCUUAGCUGCAGAACUUGUGUGGCCUCAGGAAAACGGGUCCCAUCCCAUGGCCUCCACUGAGGAGCCAGGGCUCCUGCCUUGUGGGUCCUGUGACAUGGUUUUCCGCUCCUGGGCCUUGUUGGCCACACACACUCAGCGCUUCUGCAUUGGCCGCUUGACCCAGGAGGUGACCCUUGGAGCACAACCCUCAGUAGCCUCUGAACCACGGAGCACGUUGGUUGUGUCACAAGAACUCCAGGGCCACUCAGACCAGGAAGCCAGCAAGUCUGCUCUAAAAAGGUUAACAGACGAGGUACACCCCCUCCCCCAAGCCUUCCUCAGGGCGUCAACCUUGGAGAGCCCUCCACCCCGCAGACCUCCAGCUUAUACAAGGGCGGAUCACUAUUACCUCCAGGUGCACUGGCUGCGGCUGUCCCUGCAGGACGUGCGACCCUGGGUAACCGAGGGACGCACCCCCGAGGCUUCAGGGAGCCCUGAGGAGCGGCUGCGGGUACUGCAGGGGACUCGCGCCCGGCGCAUGGCGGAGAGCGAAAUACGGGGCCGAGCUUUGGAGAGGCGCGGCGAGGAACUAAAACGGCGACUUCAGGGUGUAGCCCGGGCUCGGGGCGGGACGUCCUGCCUACUCGGCCUGGAGCGUGAGCUUCAGAAACUUCGGACAGAGGCCGGGCGGACGCGAGGGGCCCUGCAGGCGUUGGGGGCGCGCGUGCUGGAGCUACAGCCCAAGACAGGGACCCAGCCGAAAGCCUGGCGAGACGCUGAACUGUGUGUCCCGGAGCUGCAGGCCAACCCGGGAACCCUGACCGCCGAGAUCGGGGCCCUGCAUGAGGCCUACGUGCACGGUGGAGGCCGGGACCCUAGUGUUCUGGGCAAGAUGAAGCAGUUGCAAGUGGAAGCUUCAGCAUUGGAGUUGCGGCGGUCGCGGCACCGCAGGGAAAAGUCAAGCACCACCUCGGGGCAGCUUCUAGUAGUGGAAGCGGAAAACCGGCGCUUGGAGGCAGAAAUUCUGGCAUUGCAGAUGCUGAGGGGCCCGGGCUGGGCACCCUGGGAGCCUGGAGAACCACGACUCCUGGCUGAUCCCUGCCCCCAUCUGAGGGGCAGGAGAGACCCCCAACUCCUCCCUCCACCAGUGGCGCCCCCGCUGUCACCACUUCCAGGCUCCACCAACGUCCAGAUUUUCAGUGGUGCUGCAAAGGCUCAGCUGCUUCCUGGAGCCAUGACCAGAAACCUGAGCCUCCUGCCAGCAUCUGAUGUUCUAGGCCCUGCACCUUAUGACCCUGGGGCUGGCCUUGUCAUUUUCUAUGACUUUCUGCGGGGCCUUGAGGCUUCUUGGAUUUGGGUGCAACUAAUGAUUGGUUUGGCCAAAGACGGACAGCAUACAGGCGGGACCACUGCAUUGCCCCCAGCCCUUUGCUUGCCCCCACCUCUAGCUCCUGGGCCUGUGGGUAACUGUGCUAUCCUUGCCAGCAGGCAGCCUGUGCCCAGACUGCCCCCAUCACCAUCGGUAUCUUUGGUCUGUGAACUACAGGCCUGUCAGGGACUGGCCUGGGCUAGAGCGUCAGUACCAAAGGCUUGGGCCUCACUAGUACUAUUUGACCGGGAUCAGCGGGUGCUAAGUGGCCAUUGGCGCCUCCCACUUAGGGCCCUUCCUCUGGACCCCAGCUUCAGCCUUGGGCAGCUGAAUGGGAUUCCCCAGGCAGGUCAGGCAGAGCUCUCCUGAGGCUGGUGAAUGCAAGAGAUGCAGAUGUCCAGGCAUUGGCAGAAAUCAGUCCAGAAAAUGCCCAGGAAUACCAGUACCCACCACUGGUGAGGAUCCAGUUACAGUUUAGGGACAGGUGGUGGGGUUGUCAAGCUUCUGUUGGAUAAUAACCAGGCCUACCAAAUGCUUUCUGCGUUCUCACUUGA